CACGCCCACACAUCAGUCAAACCACGACUUUUUGUUUUUCUUAGCCCGUCCUGUCAAUGGGUAGCACGGUUCCCGGGCUCUCGAAAAGAGAGGAGAAGGGGGGUGGAACACCAGCUGGUCACGUUCAAUGUUCGAAUGGGCGGUUCCGCCCCGUCGGUUUGUGCUGAUCUCCCUUCUCGCGCUGUGCCUCUCUCCCCGCUUUCUAUGCACUCGCCUGAGGACCCGUCUGACGGGCAACGUGUACGGAGUACAUACGGAGCAGAGCAAUAAAUAGAAGACGGGGUCUCGUGCUUGUCUUGCAGCUGCGGACGGCAUCAGCCUUUUCGCCUUUCCCGCUCUCCCCACUCUCAGUCACGCAUCCUGCUAGGAACGUCGCUCGCAUUUAGCGUAAGGGCCCUUUUCUCGUCAUCUACCUUGGCUGCUCCACUCCAGCAUCUUCUUCUUUCCUUAUGCCGCUUUAACCUUUCGACGGACUUUGUUAAUUCUCUGUAGGGUCACGUCACCCGGCCUCCAUGUUGGUAGCGGACGGUAGUUAGAUCGGGCGUGGGAGUGGCCGUGGGAUAUGAACCGGCUCUCCGAGCAUUGUUUUCUACCAACGCGACUCAGUCACCCGGAAGAGGCGAGUGGUCGUCUCCUUCCAUCCGAACGAGAGGUAUCAGUAGAGACAACAAGAUAACGAUGGUGGUUGAAGUCGGUUCGUUGAACCGCAGUGCGUUGGAACCCUUCAAGACAUGGCGCCUCGGAACUUCAGCUUGCGAAGACGAUGGCGGUAUCAACAUCGACCCCCAUCUCUUCUCGCCACAGGCCUUGAGACGAUGUGCCAAACAUGAGUCCAACUGCCCUUCAGCUUCAAUCCUCAGAACUACCUUGGUUACCACCAGUGCCCAUGGCUCAGAGCAUGGAUCCAAGAUAUUUGCAACACCAUCCACUGAAACUGCCCAGAAGAACCCAAUCACCUCUUCGCCGACAAAUCGGCCGACAGUACCGCCUUACAUCUUCCCUCCCAGCCAGGAGAAGGCCAACUUCGUCUUCUCGAGCCAACCCUCAUCUUUCAACAGAGUAAAGCGUGCUAGGGCCGAGUCCGAUGUUGACGGCCCAUACACAGCCGGGCUGAGUUGUAAAAAGCGUCGCUUGAGGCUUCAUCUCAUAACAAGUCGACUUUCUCAGCCCUACUCAUUACCUGCGACACAUAUUAUCAACCGUGAAGCCAGUCCCUUGGGCGACAAGCGUUUCGUGAAGCUGGCUGCUGUAGCCACCUCGCCCGAUGCCGGCAAACAGGGCUUACUUCGAGAGAGCUCCAUCAUGUUGAGAGCGGCAGUACUCAAUAGGAUUCGGCUACGUGUCCGAAAUGAGGCGACACAGCGCGGUGAUAUCGGAAUCGCCGUGACGGCUGCCAAUGCGGCUGUGCUUCACCACGGCCAGCAACUAGCCACAGGAGCUAGGUUUGUUGCACAAUCGCCAGCACAUCCAGAACACCGACAGCAACCACCGCCAGCAAGGGUUGUUCUGAUGCGACCCGGAAUCUCUCCAGGCACUCCUCAUCCGACGAAUGCGCUGUCCACCCAGGCGCAGAGAAAGCCAUCGCCUCCAUGGACGCCUCAAUCAACUCGGCUACAACCUGUAUCGCCGAGGUUGAACCCAGCCCGAUCACCGGUUCUAGCUCCUUCAAGCACAAUGCUGGACGACAUGGAGGAUGACGGACUGCUGGCGUUUCCCACAUCAACACAUGAGUGUUCCUACGCGUGGGCCGACGACGACGAUCUGGAAGAUGUGUACUCUGACUUUGGUGCCAUCUUCGGAGGAUCUGCACAGACUGGUGAGACUGACGACGAUGGCAACUCCUACGAAGAGUAUCUCGAUGAGCUGGAUGGUAUUUCUUGGGUCGGCGGCAGGUAGUGCCGUUGGAUGACGGAUGAAGGAGAACCAACUUGCUCGAAUUUCGAAUCUAAAACAAAGGCAAAGCGGCUAGUAGCACCGGAAUGGGUGGGCUGGAAUGGAAAAGGAAACAAAAGCAGCAAAAGCCAGAUUUGGCCUAUCAAUGCGUAGGCGAUAUUCGAGACGCAUCUUUUCGACAAAGUUUGAGGCCACGGGAUGGCCAGUUGGCUCUGUCCAAAGACAUAUGAGAUGAGCGCCAUAAGCAGGUUACUCACUCUCGUUGUUGGCCUGGUAGGAAAAGAGAGGAUUGGCCAUCAUGUGCUAUUGGAUACGGCGCCAUAAAACAGGCGUCGGGUUACAGCCUCAGCCUUCAUAUAGAUGAAAGUGAAUAAUAAGAAGAAAAAAAAAAGACUCACUCAAAGGCCAUACUUGCCUGCCGGAGGCCUAUGCCUCAAGCUGCCUUCAAUUCCGUCCAUGAUUCCGCCCGGAAUUCCGACAUUCGAAAGUCCGGAGAGUGAGAAGACCUUACAUUGGAACCAGUCUGAAAGAUGCGAUUCGUGUCGAGGGUUCUUC